AUGGCGGAGGCAGGGGGACCGGAGUUUACCGCGUCCCGGUGCCAGGACGAGUCGUCGGACAGCGAGCCGGAGCAGGAGCCCGGAUCCCCGCAGAAACUCAUCCGAAAAGUCUCCACUUCCGGCCAGAUCCGCAGCAAGGUGUGGAUGCCCCACCAGUGGCUGGAGGGAAACCUCCCUGUCUCCGCUAAGUGUCUCGUCUGUGAGAAGACGUGCGGCAGCGUCCUCCGCCUGCAAGACUGGAGGUGUCUCUGGUGUAAAGCCAUGGUGCACUCAGGCUGUAUGGAGCAGCUGUCCUCCAAAUGUCCUCUGGGACUGUGUAAGGUGUCCGUCAUCCCCCCCACAGCUCUCAACAGCAUCGACUCGGACGGGUUCUGGAAGGCGUCCUGUCCCCCAUCCUGCACCAGUCCUCUUCUGGUCUUCGUGAACUCGAAGUCUGGAGACAACCAGGGCGUCAAGUUCCUGCGACGCUUCAAACAGCUACUGAACCCGGCACAGGUGUUCGACCUGAUGAACGGGGGGCCACACUUGGGGUGA